AAUAUUGUAUAAAAACAUACAGUAAUAAAAGAGAAUGUUAAAAAAAUAAACUGGUUUUACUUUACGGAAGAUGCGCAUGGAGGUUGAGGGAGGAGCAAACAGGAGGAAUUUUGUCUCGUACGUACACUUUCGCUUUCGUUCACUUACUCGCUACUGUACACUCUUACUGCUACUUUACACUUAAAUGGAACUUAACUAAACCUCAUUUAGAGCAGCAACUAGAAAAUAGAAUAGACCCCUGUAUAACAGAACCAUUAAUCAUGCACAGAGUUAAAAAUAGGAAAGGAAAAUAAAUGAAUAAAUGGAUAAAUAAAUAAUUAAAUAAUUGGAGAGAGAGGGAGAGAGAGUGAAAAAUAUGUGGAGAUUUAUGACAUAAAUGUUCCGGCAUGGUGGAGUCGGGGUUGAAGGAUGGAGUUUAAAUCGCAGCAGCAGCAAAGCGCUAGAAAGCGGCUCAAUGAAAGGGAAUUUAAAUGGUCGGGUAAUAUGGAUGUCGUAACCGGAUUGGUGCGCGUCGUGGACAGCUGAUGCACGCUUGACGAUGUGGCCUGCCAGAACUAACGCGAUGCUUGAUUUCUCUUAACUUAACUGAACUUAAUUGCUACAAUUUCUGUUUUCUUUACAUUAAUUUUGCUUAAUUUUCUUCAUCGCUUUUCUCUUCACUUGUUUUUGCUUUUUUUGUCACUCUUUCCUCACUAACAUCUGCCGGUAGUUUUAAUAAAAACCUGUCCGGUCGGCAUAGGAAAUGAAUGAUUUCCUGUUUAUCGGCCGUCGUUUGACGUGUGCAGUGGAAAGGCGGCUUUAACCAACAGAGCACAUGUGGUUGUGGGGGAUCAGAGCACACAUGGUUGUGGGGGAUCUUUGUUUCGGCGGCGGCGGCUCGGAUGCUCGUAUCUCAAAAAUUUGCUCUUUUCUCAAGCCAAAAAUUUGGUUGAAUCACAGCUCGUAUCUCAAAACAUUUGUAUGUCAAAGCACUCGUAUCUUGAGGUAUCACUGUACAUUAAAAUAUUGCUAAAUAAUAUAUACAAAUGUCCAUAUAAAGUACUGCAGUAGUUUCAUUUUAUUUGUUUUUUUUCUCCGUCUCAAAGCUGAAAACAGCCAACCAGCUAACCAGCUAAUUUCUAUUUUGAUUGGAGAUACGUAGCUUUAUACAGAACUGCUAUGAAUUACAAACAGGAAGCAUUAAACAAUAGUAAAAAGAGGAUGUGGUUGAAAAUGCAUUAGGUUUGCUUCCUUCUUAAAAAGAAAAAAGAAGCAAAUCCACAUAUGUUAAAUGCUGCAUCAGAAGUCAAGAAGAAACCAGCAAUAAACCAAGCAAGUAUGUCAGCACUAGACUAUUUAAGAAACUGCACUAGAAUCAACGGGACAGUCUGCAAUGAAAGCUGUUUCCUGGAACCUGAAGACUACCACUUCACUGUUCUGCCUUGGCUUUAUCUCUUUCUGGCUAUCCUGGGCUUCCUGACCAACGGAUUGGCCGCACUGGACCUCUGGAAGACAGAAAAGACACCCAGAGUCAUUUUCACUUUAAACCUAGUGGUCUCUGACCUGAUGCUGUGCAGUAGCUUUCCCUUUAGAAUGGCUUACUAUAUAUAUAGUUCCCAGUGGAAGCCAAACACUGUGGUCUGCUCAGCGACUGAAUUUAUUAUGGUGUCUUGUUUCUAUGUCAACAUCUAUUGCAAUAUGAGUUUCUUGCUAUGGACCAGCAUCAAUCGAUGUGUUACAGUAGUACAGCUGCGCUGCAGUCUGUUCCAAGUUUUCAAGCGUCCACGUCUCUGUUGGCUCCUCUGCCUCAGCACCUGGAUAGUGGGAUUAACCUUUGUCAUUGGCGCUAUAAUAUAUAAAAUAGGCCUGAAAUACACAGGGAAAGACCUGAAAUCCUGCUUUGAUCAGGUAUUGAAUAAAAAAACUGAUCAAAUGAAUGGCCUGCAUAGCAUUGGUGUGGGAAUCUUCUCCUUCAUGCUGGGCUUGAUGCUGGUCAGCUACGGGCUGCUGAUAUUCCAUUUGUACAAGAUAAAGCAAAAGAGUUUGGUGGGAUUUGGUAUUGGUCUGAGAAUACGGAGGAAAAUCUUGGCCUCUCUGCUUUCGUUUGUGGUCUGCUUCCUGCCCUACCAUGUGCAGCGGAUCAGAAUGAUAGGGUUAGAAAAUAAAGACUGUAAAAUGAAGCAGAAAGAAUUCUGUGUAAAGACAUUGUUGAUACUUUUAUCAUCACUCAGUUGCUGUCUGCAUCCAGUGCUGUACCUGGUGUUGCAAUUGCCUUGUUGCAGAGCCAAACGAAACGUCAGAAAGCAGCCUAAACCAGACAUGUUCAAGAACCAAGACACCCAUGCAGAUACAGACCAACAGACCCCAUAUAAUCAUAACUAGGAGUCAUAUCUCACCCACACAGACACACACACAUAGUGACUGUAGCCUGUCUGCAGCCUCAGAUACCUGUUAUUAGCCUGCAGUGUGGAUCGUGAUGUGGUUUUCUGCUGUUAAAUCUGCCUUAAAGUUUGACGUGUUCAGCAUUCUGACAUGUUUUCUGCUCAACAUGGUUAUAAAAAGUGAUUAUAUUAAGUUAAUUCUCAUUUAGAUAAUUUCAUUUAAGUUACCAUAGCCUUACGGUCACCUCGAAGCAGCAACAUAUUUUAGCCCACUGGUUGUGUUUUUAGUUUUCAUGCCAUUAUAUAAAUAUAAAUUCCAGGAGAUCAACAGUUUCUUAAACUUAAACCAGCCAGUCAUCAGGCACCAACAACCAAGUCAUUGUCAAAGUUACUGAGAUCAACACUUCCCCCAUUCUAAUGUUUUACAGUAUGAGAACCUUAGCUGGAGCUCUUGACCUGUAUCUGCAGGCCACUGUGCAUUGUGUUGCUCCCACAUGAUUGCGUGUUUGGAUAACUGUAUGAAAAAGCACAGUACACACAAAAAAAACCACAAGGAAGUUGCUGCCUACUCUGAACAGAUGAGGCUGUAUGAUGGCUAGAAAGCUGGAAUUGCAAUACAUUUUACCCUGGAUUUAAGAUUACAUAACUGACUGAAUUGAAAUAGAUUUAAAGAAAAUAACUGAACUGUAAUUUACUUUCAGCAUAAAAUUGUAUGAACCUUUCCAUUGGACAGAUGACCCAUUAAAGACACAAAGGAUUUACACUUGAGGUUUUAUCUCCGCGAUAAGAAACUUUACAGUAUAUUAUCAUUUUCUCUCUCUGUAUGUGUGGAUCUUUAGCUCCUACUUUCCUCAGCAACAAAGUACAUAAUACGGUACAAAAUAAUGUUAAUGUAUAGAACUGAACAGCAAUUGUGCUUUUACGUAUUUAAGAAUAUGUACAAAAUAGAUUUCAGAUGACUGCUUAUAACUAAUUUAUUCUAUAUUUGUUAAUGUCAAGGAGUUGAUGUAUGGGUUUUAGAGCCUCACUGGUGAGAUGGGAAUGAAACCGAGGUGCCUACAUUUCUGUAUAAUAUACAUAUAUUUAAUUAUUAUACUUUUUUCACUGACUGGUAUGAGUGGCGGCCUGGGAAAAGCAUUUACAUAGUCAACCUUUGACAUCUACUAUAUAUGUUAUAGUAUUAAAAACUACUGGCAUUCUGACCUGAAA